CCUCGCGAGUUCUCACGCCAGACAAUUUUGGAGCUUGAGGCAAAGCACAUCGUCUGCGAUGAUCAGUCACUUUCACUCGCACAGACCUCGUCAUUUCGGAAUUGCCUAGUUGGGAUGCGCCCUCAAACCGUCAACUUAGAUCUUCCGACAACGCAUGACAUCAAGAUUUUCAUUCACAACGCAUUCGUCAAACACAUUGAGCAACUUAGA